AUUCUCAUCAUAUGUACUCUGAUCAAACUGUAACCCAUGGCCAUGAUGCAUGGCUUCUAGCUUCUAGCUUAUCUUAUCAACAGCUAUAGCCACAUGACAAACCAAACGCUUCUCGAAUCUCACUUAUCAGUUGAAGCGUGCAGGCGGUCGGCCCAUUCCUCAAUCCAGUCCUUAUUGACUGAUCUCUUCCUAACGUGAAGAUCAGACCUCUGUCUUUAUCCUUUAUUCCUCUGAGAAUGGUAUCCGCAUUUUUCUAUGGCACGUUGAUGCAUCCAGAAAUAUUGAAACGAGUCAUCGGAAACGACGGCAGUCAACUUCAAAUAUGCCCUGCUCUCUUGCUGGACUACACUAGGCACCAGGUCAAGAAUGAGGAUUAUCCUGGGAUCUUGCCGUACUCGCAAAGUCGAGCCAUGUUCGAUCAUGACCUCAAUUCGGAAGAGAAAUCGGUAAGAGGUUCCCUGGUAACCGGUCUAUCGGACGAAGAUGUCCGACUCCUUGAUGUUUUUGAAGGCAACCAAUAUACAAGAGAGUUGGUAUCUGUAUACCCAUUAGGAUCGCUGGCCAACAUACGGGACAUACCACCAAUUGAGGUGAAGUCUCUAGUACCCACGACGCCUCCAUCGAUCCCUGUGCUACCCGAAUUGGCGAACCCUGUAGAGGCAGCUACCUACGUGUGGUGCUUUCCCUCUUCAGAACUCCGGGCACAGCUGUGGACGUUUGAAGAGUUCGUGAAGCUUAACGCGUGGAAGUGGAUCGGGUCAAGCUCUAACAGGGACUAUGACGAAGUGGAUAGAAGAAGGGCUAUGGAAGGUACUUAUAUGGAUGCGAGAAGUUAAACUUUGAAAGCACUCCUCGAAGUACUCGCACAAGCAGUCAGUCGGUCAACCCCGCAAUUAUGAUUCAUUGAAAAUAUUCUCACGGUUGUUGC